AUGGAUCCUCGAAGACGUUUGAUAGUUGCUGCCAUCCAACAACAUAACAAUCAACUUUUCCAAGUUCAGCAAUUGAUGCAUAGGAGGAGAAGAAGGCGAAGAAGAAAUCAUAGAGCUGUUUGGGUGAGACCAUGGAUUGAUAGAAGACUGGACCUUGGCAUGUACAAUAAGCUGAUGAUAGAGCUGCGUAAUGAAGAUCCACAUGCCUUUCACAAUUUCAUGAGAAUGUCCCCAGCCAUGUUUGACGAAGUGGUGAACCGGCUCACUCCCAGACUGACCAAGGAACAAACCAACUUCAGACCUAACUUGGAGCCUGGUCUCAAGGUGGCAGUAACCCUGCGCCACCUGGCCUCUGGUACAAAAUACAGGGACAUGCAGUAUGCCUGGAGGGUGCCACACAACACCAUAAGCAAAGUUGUCAGAGACGUAUGCGAGGCCAUAGUGGACGAGUACCUUGAUGAGCAGAUGACUUGCCCAACCACCGAAGAAGAAUGGCGGCAAAUUGCUGAUGACUGGCUGCAGAGGUGGAACUUCCCUCACACCAUUGGUGCCAUUGAUGGCAAGCAUGUGGCAUGCAAGGCUCCCCCCAACACAGGGUCGGAAUACUACAACUACAAGGGCUUCUUCAGCAUCAUGCUGUUUGGCAUGGUCAGUUCCGACUACAAAUUCCUCUGGGCUGACGUAUCAGGAAAUGGCGCUGCAUCAGAUGCCCAAAUCUACAACCACAGUGAGCUGAAGCAAGGUCUAGAAAGCGACAACAUCACGGGUUGGCCACGUCCAGACCCCCUUCCCAAUGACACACAAGAUGUUCCCUACUUCAUUGUGGGUGAUGAUGCUUUCUCCCUAAGAACAUACCUGAUGAAGCCAUACAGCGCGAAGAACCUGACCAGGGAAGAGCGCAUCUACAAUUACAGAUUGUCAAGGGCAAGGAGAGUGGUAGAAAAUGCCUUUGGUAUAAUGGUCAAUAGAUUCCAGGUACUGCUCACCACAAUGCAGCACCAUGCUGAAACAGUCAGGCUCAUAGUGAAGGCUUGUAUUCUGCUCCACAACCUGAUGCGCACCCGAUACCCAGUCCUGCAAAACAGACUUUUAGACCGUCAGCUGCAAAAUGGACAAAUGGAGCCCGGAGAAUGGCGAAGGGGCCAAAACCUAUUCGACACUGUGGAAGUCCAAGCACCUAACAGAGCUUCAAAAGAAGGCAAGAUGCAGCGCAACCUCAUCAAGCAUUGGUGCAAUUCACCUGCUGGUUCCGUAGCCUGGCAAGACAAAAUGAUAGACUUAGUGUAA